AUGGUCGGUGUACCUGUUGGCUGGGAAGGUGACGCGAACGGUAUGAUAGCGACCGGGCCACCUAACACGGCAAGGAAGGGGUGGUAUCAGAUUCACUCUGCCGACUAUCUUGAAAGAGGCAGCGGUCAUCUGACCUUGAGACAAAAGUUGGACAAAUAUCUCACAUCUCAAGGUGUCGACCCAUCCCGGUAUCCCUUUGCCUACCUUACCACUGCGGCUAAACUGCUAGGAUACCACUUCAACCCUGUUUCAUUUUGGUAUCUAUAUUCCGCCGAGAAAGAAAUGACUGCCAUGAUACUAGAGGUCAACAAUACCUUUGACGAGCGGCGCAUGUAUUUCCUGUCGUCGGAUGACCCUUCAUCCAAGACAGCAGACGAAAUACUCGCCGAGACGGGGGUAGAUGUGAAACCGCUGACCAAGCCAUCUACGACCACAAUGCGCCGUGCUUGGCCAAAGGAUUUUCAUGUUUCGCCUUUCAACUCACGAAAAGGCGGCUACUCACUUGUUGCACAUGACCCGUUUGCGCCAAUGCUCGAGGGCAGCGGCUCGAUUGACAGCACCAUCAAUUUACUCUCGUCCAAAUCACAUGCAAAACUCGUCGCCCGCAUCUUUUCCGACGGAGCUGCCAUAGACCCAAUGACGAUGACAACAUGGCGGAAGCUCAAAUUCUUAUUCUCUUGGUGGUGGGUCGGGUUCGUCACCUUCCCACGAAUUGUCAAGGAGGCUGGCGUCCUGUUUUUCAAGCGUCAGCUCCAUGUCUGGUACCGGCCAGAGCCACUGAAGGAAAGUAUGGGUCGCCGGGCGGAUGAUACGGAGCGUCAACUCGAGGCUAUAUUCCGACGAUACCUUCGACAUCUAGUGAACCAAACCCCAGCUGUGGUGGAGGUCAAAUAUAUCCCUAGCGGCGUCUCGAAUGCUGAAGGGGAGACUAUGAUGUCUCCAUCAGCUCAAGAAAGUAUCGACAACGGCAGAAAUGUGUUGGAAUUCAAGGUAUUGACACCGGUAUUCUACACCAGAUUCGCUUACUACGCUCAUGAUCUUGAGGCUUUGUUUUGCGAACUCCACGACAAUUGCACGAUUUGGAUAUCUAAACCAGAACUACUUCCGAAAUUGAUUUUCAAGAAGCCGCCGCCGGCCUUUGCCACUCGAAAUAUUGUAGACUUUGGAUGCUUCAAGCUUAUUCAAAGUCUUCGACAAAGGCCUCAGCGGAUAGAGCGGCCAUUGACAUCUGCUCAGGCCUCCAGCAAACCCCCAGACACGCAUGUCAAGACAGAUAUCAGAGAUUUCAGGAUAUCUUCCAUGGAUGCAUAUGUCCUAGAGCACGAAUCGGACACAGAGAAGAAGGUCUAUAGGUCUCUCUUACUGCGCAUGUUUGUAGCAGACCGGAUCGCUCUGGGGAGUCUAGAGCUGCUGUGGCUGGAACAACUAGCUUUGAGGGUUCUCUCGGCUUGGAACUUGACUCCAUGA